CCUCGCUCGCUACUCCAUACCAAACUCCAACAACCCUAACGUUAAAAAUGUUAAUGCUUGGCCCUUUUGCAUUGCCACCGGGGGUGAAGGGUCCUGUCGCUGCGCGGCACAGGGUUGCAGUUACGACUCCGGACCCAUCGGGGUGGUUCAGAUACGGAGAUCUCGGUUUCCCAAGCAAGGCGGGGAUGCUUGGAAAAGCGCUUGUCGAGUGAGGGGUCCAUGGCCCCUCGUUAGCAGGCUGGAAGUGGUGGAUUGGUAUUGUACAUAAAUAGGGGGGCUGGCACCUUGGUGUUUUGCAUGGCACCCCGCUAGAUUCUCCCCUCAGCUUAUGCCCCUUGACGCCCUGGUUCCUUGUUGAUAUCUGGCCACUCAAGUACGGCUUACCUGAGAUCACCACCAUGGCCACUGUUGAGGCGCAAAAUGCCGCCGCCGAGGCACCUGCUCCGGUGUUGCCAGACUACGUUCUAGAUGAGGAUGCCGUGCUCAAGGACACCGACGUCAGGUGGCGCUACGGCCGGGCGCCCGACUACAGCAAGACGCGUAAGAUGUACUCCGAAACCAAGCGCUGCUCCCACCAAGCAGGCUCCCUCCCGGACCUGGUCGAGAAGCUGGUCAAGAACUGGGAGAUCGAGGCGAGCCACAAAACCGACCUGGCCGACUGGCGCACCAUCGAGUCGCCCUCGUCCUACACCUUCUCAGUCAACGGAGGCCCCCCGCAGACGGCCGAGCACAUGCUGACGGUCGGCACGUACAACGCCGUCAUCGGGUCAGGCAACGAGUACUACUGCCCGAUGCGGUCGAGCUUCGACGACUCGCACAAGACCUUCAAGCGCAUGAUGCCCAGCUUCGCGUGGGAGGUGCUCGAGGUGUACUCGGGCCCGCCCAAGGUGGCCUUCCGCUGGCGGCAUUGGGGGGUCAUGAAGGAGGAUUAUACGGGAGUAAACAGCAAGGGCGAAAAGGUCACGAUCAAGGCACACGGCGGGCCAAUUGAGAUCGAGGGUGUCACCGUGGGUGAAGUGAACGAUCAGUUGCAGCUUCGCAAAGUCGACGUCUUCUUCGAUCCGAUGCAAUUGUUCCGGCAGAUGGUGCCGGAUGGGGAGAUGGGGGUAAUCAAACGCACGGUUGAUGCGUAGAUAGGGACCAUGUUUUAUACUAUUAAUAUUACCUAUUAACGUACACGAUAAGCGAAUGACACAGACAAGCGAAUGACAUACAAAAUCGAACCUUCG